UCCUGUCCGGAAUCGAGACAGGUGCUAACCACACCCAUCUUAGUCAAGCAAUAUUUAGUGAGCACGUCAGCUAAGCAGAGGCUGUGAAAGUUAUGUGCUCUGACAGAAAGUCCAGAAAAGAUUUCAGGAAAUUUGGGCUUUGAUUUGAAGCACACGGAGCGCGCGGUCAUCGGGGAUGAAGCGGGAGAGAAGGCAUCGGCACCUGCCGCUUGCUGUUUUCUUCGCGCUGUGGUGGUGUUCAGACGCUCAAAGAAUCACUGGAGUGACGCCAAGAGUCGGAAGCCUGAACGGAGCAACGAGGCUUACCAUUGAGGGAGAAGGUUUUGCCCAGGAAAACCAGUUCCAACUCAAUGCAGCAAAUGACGACUUUGGCAACCAUGUGACCCUUGUGUCAGACACCCAAUCUGUCCCCUGUGAUGUGGAAAGAGACUCCACCCAUGGCAAUCAAAUAAUGUGCUACACAAGACCUCUGCCAGCUGACCAGUAUGUGGUGCACGUCAGUGUGGACGGGGUUCCUAUACCAGACAGCCAGAUAUGUUGGGGCUACGCCAAACAUCCCCGCUGCAGCUUAUAUACCCGGUGGUAUCGCACCCCUACGAUCGACAAGGUGACACCAGUCACCGGCGUUCCAGGAACCGUUGUUACGGUGAGAGGAAGGAUUUACAGUGACGUGUAUGGAAGCAACACGGCAGUGAGCUCAAACGGCCUGGAUGUCAGAUUCCUGAGAGCUUACAUGGGUGGAAUGCCUUGUGACCUUCUGAUGCCCAACUCAGACACACUAUAUGGCUUGACUCUGGACUCUGAGACGAGUCAAAAUGGAUACAUGAGCUGCAAAGUUACAGGAACCUACGUUGGGCAUCAUAAUCUGAGUUACAUUCUGGACAGUGACUAUGGGAGGAGUUUACCAGCUAAAGCACUCUACACGGUUUCAGCUUCCAACAAGCUUUCCAUGUUUCAAACCUAUGCAGAGGUGACAGGGGUCUUCCCCUCCAAGGGCAGCUUGCUGGGAGGAACUCUAGUCACCAUCAGUGGACGAUUCUUCGACCAAACUGAUGAAGCAGCCUCCGUCCUGAUAGGAGGCAGCCCUUGUGAUAUCCAGAGUGUGUCUGAUGAAAGAAUCACCUGCAUGACUCCAGGCCAGCUCCAUAGCAACAGCACCGUCUUUCCUGGAAGCAGAGGUUUGAAGUUCGAGGUAUGGAAUAACAGCAAACCUAAUACUUUGGCGGAUGUGCUGGCCUACGAUGGGAACAGGACAGGGUACUGGCAGGGCUGGACAGACUCCAUGCCCCACACCCUGCCCCAGGAGAUGGAGUACUUUGUGGAGAGACUCAGGGGGUUCUUCGUACCGACAGACACCAAUGACUACACCUUCUACAUCAGGGGGGAUGACCGCUGUGAGCUCUACUUCAGUCUGACGGGGGACCCUAAAGAUAAGGUCAAGAUUGCGUACAACAAUCGUUACAGUCCCACCUACUCAAAAGACGUCACACAGAAGUCUGAUCUCCUGGCUCUGGAGAAGGGGAAAGCGUACUACAUUGAACUGCUGACACAGGAGUGGGCUUACGAGAACUUCAUCGAUGUAGGCUUCUUCCAGGGAAAAGCUUCUUUCACAGCAGACCAGACUGAUGAUGCAGUCAGCGAGUUGCAGACCAUCAUAGCACAAUAUGACGUGUAUGCUGAGAAGCAGAUGGUGAACUUGAAGAACUGGUCCACCAACGCUGUGCCCGUCAGAGAGCUCCAGAGAGUGACCGUCAACAGCAGCUGUGUGGGGUGGAGCCUCUGUGGCAGCACCUUCUACAGCCUGGUUUACGGAGCCCACAAGACCUGGCCGAUCUCUGUGAGUGCCUCUGCGGCCGUGAUAGAGCUGGCUUUGAACGCUCUCUGGACCCUCCAACCUGACACAGUCACGGUGACUCCACUGUCCAACACUUACGGCUCGGACUACACAGUCACCUUCAACUCUGACAGGGGUGACUUUGAACUGCUGCGCUACGAGGUGAUGGGAGGUGACGUGAAUGUGACGGUCAGGGAGCUGACCAGGGGCAGAGGCAGCAUGCAGACCUUCACCCUGCUCUGGGGCGAUGUCCCCUCCCGGCCCAUCCCCUACAACGCCUCCGCCACCGAGGUCCAGGAGGCGCUGAUUGUCUUGGUGACCUCUGAAUGCCCCAGUGAGAUUCUGACCACGGAGAACAACGAGCUGAAAUACUUCAGAGACUUUGAAGGGGAUCGUUCUCAGUACAAUGGAGAUGAGAGAGGAACUCCAGUCAACACGGCUGAGGCCUUCUGUGGUCUCUGGUCUCUGAAGAACCCUGAGAUACUGUUCAUGGAGGACUUCCCCAUGCAGUCCAAGGGCACCUACGGACCCAUCCCUCUGCAGCUGUUUAAAAUCCUUUGCUUUGCGUACAAAGGACAAUUAAAAAAUGAAAUUGGAAUCAAGUUGUCUUACCGCAACCCUCAGGGGAACAUUUUAGUAGAGAUGACCAAAAUGGUAGUUACUUUCACCCAAGGCCAAGAAUGGAGUUACAUAUGUGUAGAUCUGUUUUCUGCUGUACAGACAAGCUUUGUCGGAGGAGCCUACAAUCUUCUGCACCUGUAUUUGUAUAAAACAACGUCUGGCGAGGACUUCUACGUGGACGCUGUCUCCCUGGGAAGAAGGGCCACCACAGUGAACGAAAAUGAGCUGGUCUGGAAGAGAAAACCUGCAGCCCUCGGACGCUCGGGACGCUUCUUUGAGGACAUCUCCGUGGUCCGCAAGUUCCCAGAACCCUCUGUGGUCAGUUACGAGAUCACGGCCACACCCCUGGACUGCGCCUUCGACUUCCCACUGUUCCAGAUCGGUUUCUUACAGCUGACAGACAGCUCAAAUGACCUGUCUCAGUACACGGAGGACACUGCCAGCGCCACCGUCAACCUCGUGAAGAAGGCCAGCCCUCCCCUCUCUGGGACCUUCGACGUGGAGAUCUACGGGAGCCGGGUCGAAGGGCUGGCUGUGAACGUGAGCGCCGAGGACCUGCAGUACGCUCUGCAGGGGGUCCCAGGCAUGGGCAAGGUCUCGGUUACAGGCCUUGGAGACUGCAAACUCCGAAAAUGGAGGGUCAACUGGCUCACCAACCCUGGACAGCAGCCCCUUCUUCAGAUCAACUCCCUGUCUGUUACCGGGUCCAAUCCCAUAGUGUGGGUUAACAAGAACCGCAAUGGAGGUCUGUUCAAGCAAAGCAUCAGUGGAGACUUCCUGCGUGUGUGGGAACCCAGACCACAGGUGGAGGUUCAGAUCAACGGCAUCCCAUCAAAGUGUUCUGGUGACUGCACUUACACCUGGUCGGAGGCCCAGACCCCAGUCAUCACUGGAAUCAGUCCAUCUCAAGGAUCAGACGGUCUGGGCACCCUGCUGACCAUCACAGGGACGGGCUUCAGCUCUGAGAAUGCCACUGUUUGGGUGGGAAGGGCAAGAUGCAAUGUUGAACAAGUCACAGUCAGCACACAGGUGUGCAAAGUGGGCGUGGCCAGGGCAGGUACCUACCCAGUCUCUGUCACCUUCCCAUCUCUGGGUGAAGCCCGUUACCAAGACGACACCCAGCACAACUUCACCUACCUGCUCGUGGUGUCCUCCUUCAGCCCUCUCUCUGGCAGCACGGCAGGAGGAACCCUCCUCACGGUUAGAGGGUUUGGGUUCGGCCUGGACACCAUGGUGACGGUCGGCAACGCCAGUUGUGAUCUGGUCUCUGCCAGUGGCAGUGAGCUGACAUGCAGAACACCUGCAGGCCCUGCAGGGUUGGGCUCGGUCACGGUGUGGACUGGUAACAUGAGUGCGACGGCAGACACCAUGUUCACCUACGAUGAAGGUCUGACUCCUCUCAUCACCAGCCUCAGUCCUGUCUCCACAACAGUGAUCGGACACAGAGUUCUCACUAUCCUGGGCAGCAACUUGGGCAACCUGACCAAUGGCAGUGCAGUAUUUGUGGGUCAGGAAGUGUGCGUGCUUCUGCAGUGGACGUCCAGCAGCAUCAGCUGCCUCCUCCCCGACCUCCCGCCCGCUCACCAUCACGUGGACGUGCGAGUGGGGAACUACGGCUACCCCAAAACCAGUGCUGGUGUGAACGUCAGCGUGGAGUACCUCCUGGAGGUGACCAGCGUGUCCCCCAGGGUGGGCUCUCUGUUCGGAGCCACCAGGCUGACCAUCUCAGGCUCGGGCUUCACCUCCAACGCCUCAGACCACCGCGUCUCCGUGGGGGGUGUUGGGUGUGAUGUCAGAGUGGCCUGGGAGAGUGAGCUGGAGUGUGUCAUGGAGACCAGGGAAGCGACCCACACCGUGACCAAUCACGGCUCCCACCCUGACUGGGGUCUGGGUUAUGCCUGGAGUCCUGCCGCGGUGACUGCCACAGUUGGCGACACGGUGGUGUGGCGCUGGGAGGCUGCACCCUUCCUCCAGAACGUUGGCUUCAGGGUGUUCAGCGUGGCCAGCCCCAGCAGCACCCUCCCUGACGGCGCCUCCUUCACCAGCGGGGACAGCAAGACCUUCAGUGGUGUCUUCAGUUAUCGCUUCACUGUUCCUGGCACAUACUACUACAGCAGCGGCCUCAUUGACGAGGCCCAGAGCAGGUUCCUGCAGGGGGUUGUGAGAGUCAGAGCCCUGGAGGAUAGUACCAGCAGGCUGUCUGUCAGAGUGGGGGGAAUACAGGCCAGGCACAUCCCAGCCAUAGUUUCCAACAACACCAACAAGCUGGGGAGGUCUGGCUGUGUGGCCCUGCAGCCAGCGUACUGCAGCCAGCCACAGAAGGAGUCCAACUGGACCUCCUUCAGCCUGCUGGCCUGUGCCUCUCCAGUGGUGCUGUCCAUCUCCCCUGACAGAGGCUCCGCCCACCAGCCCAUCAGCAUCCAGGGCACAGGCUUCAGCGACACAGCCUGCGCCCACCAGGUGACAGUUGGAGGUGUCCCUUGUGUGGUGACCAGCAGCAGCCAAACAGAGGUCAACUGCAGACUGGCGCCAGACAGCGGCCUUGCCGUGGGCGUGGCCCACCCUGUGUCUCUCCGGGUCAACAACCUGGGCUCUGCCAUGGUGGCCGUGCGGAGCGAGUUUGGCCGGCGCUUCGUGGUCCUGCCGGUGGUGGACGGGGUCCGGCCCUCUGUGGGCAGCCCCACCGGGAGCACGCGCCUGCUGAUCCAGGGCUCCGGGUUCUCCGCUGGCCUCGUCACCGUGGCCAACGCCCCCUGCUCCGUCCUGUCCCUCAACUACACCCACAUCGUCUGCGACACCUCCCCGUCGCCGCCCGGCAACGGGGUCGUCCGCGUCCUGGUUGGCAUGACGAUCCCCAGCUCCUGCUCCUCCGACUGCUCCUUCCUGUACUCCUCCUCCGUCACACCCUCUGUCACCGGCGUGUCCCCGUCAAACGUCACCGGGAACUUCACCGUGGUAACCGUCUCCGGGGCCGGCUUCGGCAGCGAUGUGGGCGACGUGGUGGUGUCUGCCGGCGAUGUGGAGCUGCGCGUCACGGCUGUCCUCAACACAACCAUCACCCUGGAGGUGGGGGCCCUGCCCGCCGGCGAGCGCCCCCUCAGGGUGGUGGUGAGGAGCAGAGGGCUGGCGGCAGGGGCAGCCAGCCUGACCAGCCUGGCCCUGGCCGCUCUCAGCCCCGCGGCCGGCAGCACCCUGGGAGGCACCCCCCUGCUGCUCCGUGGGAAUGGCUUCCUGCCCGGCAACACCACGGUGUGGGUGGGCGGGGCGGCGUGUGGGAUCCAGGCGGUGACUCCUGACACGGUGCUCUGCCUGACCCCGGCCCACAGCCCUGGACAGGUGACGGUGUUGGUGCAGGUGCUGUCAGAGACCUACCCUGCCCUGUCUUACUCCUACUCUGCAGCCCACACACCUGUCAUCACCUCCAUCAGCCCCUCCUCAGGUCUUGGUGGCACCAUCGUCACCAUCAACGGGACAGGGUUUGGCUCCGCCUCCCAGCAGGUGACCGUCAGCAUGAACGGUGUUCCGUGUGUGGUGUCGGAGGUGUCCGACUCCCAGGUGCAGUGCACCGCGGGGGGGAACCCAGGGGGUGCCUACCCAGUCAUGAUGCAGCACGGGGUCAAAGGUUACGCCCAGUCGACGUCCGUCUUCACCUACAGACUGCAGCUCUCUGGAGUCCAGCCCAGCCAGGGCAGUUUCGGGGGCGGGGCCAUGCUGGCUGUCCUGGGCUCUGGGUUUGACCCCCUGACCUCGCGGGUGCACGUCUGCGGACAAUUGUGCGAAGUCCACAGAAACGAGUCGUCCUCCACCAGACUCUACUGUGACGCCCCAGACAACAACGGUACCCUGGCGGAGCUGGGCUGCACAGUGACAGUGAUGAACCCAUCAGGCUGGGUGAACAUGUCAAAUGGCUUCACCUACAGAGCCCUGCUCACCCCUGUGAUUACCACCGUUUCUCCCCGAAGGGGCGGCACUGCCGGCGGCACCAGCCUCACCAUCACCGGCUCGGGCUUCAGCUCUAACAGCAGUGAGACCAGCGUGACCAUCGCUGGGUCUGUGUGCGACGUCCAGUCAGCCAACGAGACUCACAUCGUCUGUGUGACUAACGCUCAGAGACGCUCCCAACAGACCAACAUCCGGGUCAGCAUCGGAGACAGAGGCAUCGCCAAGAUGGAAGCUGCUGGCUUCUCCUACAUCGACGUGUGGUCCUCCAGGUUCACCUGGGGUGGUCUGUCGCCCCCGGAGACAGGAACCUUUGCUGUCAUCACCAAGGGUCAGACCAUCCUGCUGGACACCAGCACUCCAGUGCUGAAGAUGCUGCUCAUCCAGGGCGGCACCCUGGUGUUUGACGAGGCUGAUAUCGAGCUGCAGGCUGAAAACAUCCUGAUCACUGAUGGUGGAGCUCUGCAGAUCGGCCAGGAGGGGGCGCCGUUCCAGCACAGGGCCAUCAUCACCCUGCAUGGAAACCUGCGCUCCCCUGAGCUGCCUGUGUACGGGACCAAGACCCUGGCCGUCAGGGAGGGGGUGCUGGACCUGCAUGGCAUUCCAGUUCCUGUUCCCUGGACCCACCUGUCUCAGACGGCCUCUAAUGGCUCUGUCACCCUGUCCCUGAUGUUGGCUGUCACCUGGAAGGCAGGACACGAGAUAGUCAUCGCCUCCACAGGACACAGGCACAGCCAGAAAGAGAAUGAGGUGAGGAGGAUCGCCGGGGUGUCUCCAGACGGCCGCACGCUGACCCUCUCGGAGCCCCUGAGCUACACCCACCUGGGGGUGGCUGUCCCCCUGCCUGACGGCACGCUGUUCCAGGCCAGGGCGGAGGUGGGCCUGCUCACCAGGAACAUCCUGGUCCGCGGCUCCACCAACUCAGAGUGGAGCGACCAGGUCAAGGCCUGUCCCAGCGGCUUCAAUACAGGGGAGUUUGCCACCCAGACCUGCUUCCAGGGUCGGUUUGGGGAGGAGGUGGGGAGCGACCAGUUUGGAGGAUGCAUCAUGUUCCACGCGCCCAGACCCAACGAGAACCUGGCCAUGGGGAGACUGGAAUAUGUUGAGCUGUUUAACGCAGGCCAGGCCUUCAGACUGGGCCGCUACCCCAUCCACUGGCACCUGAUGGGAGACGUCAACUACAAGUCCUACGUAAGGGGCUGUGCCAUCCACCAGACCUACAACCGGGCCGUCACCAUCCACAACACACACAACCUGCUGGUGGAGAGGAACGUCAUCUAUGACAUCAUGGGCGGGGCCUUCUUCAUCGAGGACGGCAUCGAGACAGGAAACGUUCUGCAGUUCAACCUGGCAGUGUUUGUGAAGCAGAGCACCAGCCUGCUGAACGAUGACGUCACGCCCGCCGCCUACUGGGUCACCAACCCCAACAACACCAUCCGGCACAACGCUGCCGCGGGGGGGACACACUUCGGCUUCUGGUACCGCAUGCACGAGCACCCGGACGGCCCCUCCUACGACCCCAACAUCUGCCAAAAGAAUGUUCCCCUGGGGGAGUUCUCCAACAACACGGUGCACUCGCAGGGCUGGUUCGGACUCUGGAUCUUCCAGGACUACUUCCCCAUGGCCAAGGGCAGCUGCAACUCCAAGGUCCCCGAGCCCGCCGUGUUCCGCACCCUGACCACCUGGAACUGUGAGAAGGGCGCCGAGUGGGUGAACGUGGGUGCCGUGCAGUUCUCAAACUUCCUCAUGGUCAACAACGAGAAGGCCGGUAUCGAGGCCAAGCGCCUCUUCCCAAACAAGGUGCGAGGCUUCGGGGAGACCGGGGGGGCGCUGGUGUCCAACUGCACCAUCGUGGGCCACCUGGACGAGCUGGGACUGGGGGAGGGGUACUGCUCCCGGCGGGGGGUCCUCCUGCCGUUUGACGACGGCAUGAGCGUCCUCUCCACCAGCUUUGUGAACUUCGACCGGAGCUCCUGUGCAGCCAUCGGGGUGACGACGGUGGACGGGACCUGCGUGGACCGCUGCGGGGGCUGGAGCGCCCGCUUCAGCGGGGUUCGCUACUUAAACUCCCCCAACAAGGCCGGCUUCAGAUGGGAACACGAGGUGCAGCUGGUGGACAGCGACGGAUCCCUGACAGGAAACGUUGACUACAAGGUGGUUCCCAUGAGUCCUCUGUUGGACAUGGCUCACUGCACCCAGAGGGCAGAGUGGAGCGUGGGCUUCCCCGGAGCUGUGUGCGACAACACAGUGAACUUCCAUCGUCUGGCCUUCAACAACCCCACACCCAGCUCCCUGCAAGCCAAGGAUGUCAUACUGACCAACUCUCAUGGCACCAGCGUGGUUCCAUACCUGAAGAAGAGAAUGACCCACAAGCUGGGCUGGAUGGCCAUGCUGCCUUCUACCCAAAGCUACAACUGGUACUUUCAGGACAUGGACCAGCUUACCAAUAUUACAUACAAUGCCAUGUUCUAUGGCUUUAAGCAAGGGGACUAUGUGAUAGUGAACCACAACCUGACCCAGAGUCCAGACCGCUUCUUCAUUGUAGACGCCAGGAACGGCUCAGCAGGGCCGCUGACGUACAGUGACAACGAGAACGGGGACUGGCACUUCGACAACACCUCCAACAACCUCUCCUACCUGGUGUCUGGGAAGAGGAGUGACAGGAGGCGCCGGACCAGCGUCGACCCGGACGCCAGAGACGUGGGCGUGAACCUACAGAUCCAGCGCUGCUUCUUCCCUCAGUGUGUCCAGCCGACUCCUCCGCCCCCCGCCACCCUCAGCCCCACGCCCUACCGCAGACCUGCACACUUCCUUCUCUGGUCCAAUGAGUCCUUUUGGCUGUCGUCAGAAGAAAACCUCUUCUCUGUACCAACCAAGGGCGCUAACGUGGUCAUUCCCUCAGGGAUCUGGAUGGUACUGGACAGCAGUGCUCCUCCCUUCAACAAUCUGACGGUGAUGGGCGUCCUGGAGAUCCCAGACACACUGGCCAACAUCACUGGGGUUCCGGCCGGCAACGUGUCCGAGUACAGGAGUGUGGUGUUGGACGCCACCUACAUCUCCAUCCAGGGUGGGAGGUUUAUAGCAGGGUGGUAUAACGAGCCUUUCAGAGGAAGUCUGCACAUCAACCUGAGGGGGAACCACAGCACCCCUGACUGGCCACUCCCCAACGGACCCAACCAAGGAUCAAAGGUUCUGGGUGUGUUUGGUAACCUGGAUCUGUACGGUAUGCCUCCCACUGUGUACCACACCAAGCUGAACAUCACUGCAGGGGCAGGCUCCAACACUCUCACCCUGGACCAGCCUGUGGACUGGAAGGUCGGGGACGAGAUUGUCAUUUCCACCACGAGCUAUGAUGCCAGGCAGACAGAGACACACCAUGUCAUGUCUGUUUCUGAGGACAGACAGACCCUGACUCUCAACCAGUCUCUGGCACACACUCACAUAGCGGAGGUGCACAGCGUGGCUGGCUCAUCUCACAGCUACAGGCUGGCAGCAGACGUGGGCCUGCUCAGCAGGAACAUCAGGAUCACAGGCCAGGACUACGCACAGAUGUUCCAGGAGUCGUUUGGAGCCAGAGUGCUGGUGGGAACCUUUUCCUCAAAGGGGAUCGAGUACAAAGGCAAGGCCCAGAUCAGGAACGUGGAGUUCUACCACACUGGCCAGGAGGGAUGGACUGACUACUCGGAUCCUCGCUACUCUCUGACCUUCCUCAACCUGAGAGAGGAGUCGUACGUCCAGGGCUGCUCCUUCCAUCACGGCUUCUCUCCUGCCAUCGGGGUGUUUGGGACGGUCUGGAUGAACAUCGACGACAACGUUGUGUACCACACUGUUGGACAAGGUAUCAGAGUGGUGGGCAGUGAGGCGGCACUGCGUAGGAACCUGGUGACCCUGACCCUGUGGCCUGGCUCCUACAGGGGCAGACAGGAGGCUUUCAACUAUGACUGGAACGCUGCCAUCGAGGUGAACGAGGGAUUAAACGUGGUGUUGCAGGACAACGUUGUGGCAGGCUACGAAAGAGUUGGGUACCGCAUCGAUGGAGAGCCAUGCCCAGGCUGGUGGAACCCUAUGGAGAUGUGGCGUGGUAACGAGGCUCAUGGAGGUCUCUACGGCGUCUACCUCAACCAGGACGGCCUGGCUGGCUGCUCUCUCAUCCAGGGUUUCAAUAUCUGGCGGAGCUACGACAACGCUAUCUACUACCAGGUGUCGAUGAGUGUGGUGGUAGCUAAUGUGACACUGGUGGACAAUGGGGUGGGAAUCAUCUCCUUCAUCUUCGCCCCGCCCUCGCUCUCCCACAUGUACUCAAACAAGACUGUGCACAUCCAGGAUGCUGUGAUCGUGGGGAGUAGCCCCAACUUUAACUGCUCCGACGGGGUGCCGGCCAACGACUACAACAUCCAGAACAGUGCGGACCAUAGAGCUCCUCGACCUCAAGGAGGCAGGGCUGGGAUCUGCUGGCCGACCUUUGAAUCUGGACACAACGAGGGCCCAAAGAUGUCCCUCCAGGGUAUAACUAGCUACAACGCCAUCAGCGGCCUGAUGACUGUGACUGACACGACCUUUGUGGGGUUCAGGACCGUGUGCUCCAGCCAGAGGAACGCCAUGUUCAUGACCCACCCCGGCAACGACGACCUGCAGCACCCAGUACAAGUGCAGAGGCUGACGGUGCUGGACAGCACCGAUGACAGCAAGGUCUUCAUCCACAGGCCAAACCUAGCCAAGAUUAACCCAUCUGACUGUGUGGACAUGGACUGUGACGCCAUGAAGAAGGCCACCCUCAGGGACAGGGACGGCAGCUUCCUGGGAGCCGUGGGCUCCGUGGUGCCCCAGUCUGAGUACGGCUGGAACGGUGACAGCAGGAGAGGCCUGGGAGACUACCGCAUCCCCACGGUCAUGCUCACCCACCCUAACGGCAGCAGGAUCCCUGUGGACAGUAUUGCUCCUAACAAGGGGGUGAUCAGAGACUCCAGCUGCACAUACGUGACCUCCUGGCAGAGCUACAAGUGCUUCGGGCUCACCUACAAGCUGAUGGUGAUUGAGAGUCUGGACCCUGACACUGAGACCAGACGGCUGUCCCCGGUGGCCGUGCUGGGAGGCUCCUACGUGGACCUGCUGAACGGCCCUCAGGACCACGGCUGGUGCUCUGGGUACACCUGCCAGAAGAGACUGUCUCUGUUCCACAGCCUGGUGGCCACAGGGAGGGGCUACGACGUCUUCUUCAGCAGCGUCACCCCUCAGAAGCUGAGAUUCAUGCUGCUCAACGCCGACCCCUCAGAGUCUGUCAGAGUGUGUGUGUUUUACUCAAACCUUCAACGCCUGGAUGUGUAUGUGAAUAACUCCUUGGUUCCUCCAAACAACGCCAUCUGGAACGCGGCCAGGACCGACUACACCCUUCAGAGCCCCGUCUUCCCAGGUCAGUUUGUUCCAGACCUGAACUCCACCGCCGGCUCCAACUACUUUGACGAUAAAUACAACAUGCUGGAGCUGCUGCUGAGAGGCUCUGUGCCUUUGGAGAUUCGAACAUCUCCUCUCAUCCUGGUCUCCUUCCAGCUGCCUGCCAUGACUGUGGAGCUGUUCUUCGGGGACGACCUGAUCCGGAACCUGGCCCUGUUCCUCAAGGUUCCCUCCAGCAUGAUCCGCAUCACCAAGAUCGUGCGUGAGAACGUGCGCAGCCGGCGCAUGAGGAGGGACACGGGUCUGACUGUGCAGCUGGAGAUCAGGAGAUCUGUGGUCCAGGACAUCACCAACACCACUAGUGCCAACGAGGCGGAUUCAUUCUAUCUGCUGAAGAACAUCGUCAGUGACCUGAGCAUGACUGCCAUCAUUGGGAACCUCAGUAUGGCUAUUGGCUUCAACAUAUCGCAAUUCGGCGUAGUCCCUCCCCCCCCCCCAGCCUCUGACCCUACCUGGAGCCAGGCUGCGUCUGUAGACGUGACGAGGGUGGAGCCUCAGGAGAUCUUUGUGUUGGCCGUGAUCAAGCUGGUGCUGGUGGUGUCCCCGGAGCCGGGUCCUUACCCGGGCCCCCUGCUGACUCAGCCUCACCUGCUGGCCCUGGACAGCCAGGGUGACUGUGUGGCUGUGGGCUUGUCAUCCCUCUCAGCUAUAGCAACGCUCAAGGACUCCAGUGGUAACACUGUGUCUGGCCUGGUAGGCGACACCAGCAUACGCUUCAGUGGCUGCUGGGCCAACUACACCAACCUAGGCAUCAUGACCACGGGAGAGAACUUGACAAUGUGGUUCACACUGAUGGAGUGGAACACUCAGUCACUGAGGUCUUUCUCAGUCAAGGAGACACCGACCACUGCCACGCCCCUAACCAAUAACACUGAAACCCCCUCAGCCACUGGUCUCACCACCACCUCCACCCCUGGUCCCACCACCACCACCCCUGGUCCUACCACCUCCACCCCUGGUCCCACCACCACCCCUGGUCUCACCACCACCCCUGGUCUCACUACCACCCCUGGUCUCACCACCACCCCUGGUCUCACCACCACCCCUGGUCUCACUACCACCCCUGGUCCCACCACCACCCCUGGUCUCACCACCACCCCUGGUCUCACUACCACCCCUGGUCCCACCACCACCCCUGAAUCCACCACAAUAGAUGACACCAUCUUUGGUUCCAGCACUACUCUCUCUAGCUCAGCCACCAUCUUACUGGUCAGCAUCAUCUCUGCAUCCAGCCUCCUGUUUCUGGGACUGUAG